AUGACCAACAUUGCCUGGGGCCGAUUCCUGACGACGUCUGCUGUCCUAUUCCUGCCUUCCUCGGCACCCCGAGCUACCCCGUUGUUGGUGGAGCUAACCGCAGUGAUCGGAGGCGGCUACGCGCUCCUCGUGACGACGACGCCGACCGAGGAGGAGCUCUACAAUCGACUCUCCCCCGACCUCCGCCGCAAGGUCGACGAGAUCCGCCGACAGCGGGAAGGCGGCGACAACGCCGUCAAGGAGCAGCUUGCUGCCGCGGGAGAUACGGACAAGAUUGUCUGGGCCUCCGAGCUCAACAAGAAGUAG